AUGGGCGUCUUCUCACCUGACAGUCUUCCGUCAGAGAUUCUCCACGAUAUACUCAAGCAUCUAAGCAAGCACGACCUCUGCAGCCUGCGCCUAGUAAGCCGCACAUACGCAGCCUUCUGCCUCCCCCACAUCCUCAAGCUCAUCGCGUCAGAGCUCCAAGAGUCUCCAAAGAAGCCAUUCGAAUCGCCAUCCUACAUCCAUCGGCUGACAAAAAGCUGCUCACACGAUAUGCUAGAGUCCGUCGUCAAGCUUGGCGUACCCACCGACGAGUUCAACGCGCAGGGCGAAGCGGCACUGCAUGUGGCGGCCCGCCACGGCUGCGGGAGUGAUUGCAUUCGGAUCCUUUUGGCUGAAUCCGCGAACCCGGACGUGGAGAGCCGUCUUGGGUGGACGCCGCUCAUGAUUGCGACGAGGUACGGCCAUGUUGAAGCUAUCGCGGAGUUGAUACGCGGCGGUGCUCGGCUGGAUCGGAGAGGGUUUCAUGGCUGGACGGCUCUACAUGUCGCAGGCCAGAACGGCCGGGAGGAUAUCUCCGAAUUGCUUGUAAGGGCGGGAGCAAGUCUGAGGAUUGCCGAUAAUGAUGGUUUGAAGGCGACCGAUACUCCUGUGGGAAGGGCUGCUGGUUUCCUCCGGUAUCCCACCGCCAUGAUUCUGGAAUGA